AUGGGGUCUCCUGACAACAAUACCGUGUCGAGCUCACCAAUGUCCAUCCGCAACCAUUCCCCAGUUCGCCGUCGAAGUUCCCAUGAUUCCACUCCAGAGGACAUCGCUGCCAGGGUCAGACUCUCCCCGACCCUCAUUCGCUCCUUCGACCCCAAUGACCCCGACGUUCGAGAGCGACAAAGGACUAUGGACGUCGACAUGGCCAUGCAGUUGUCCAGAGCCCGCAGAGAAACGAUCUCCUCGUCGCCGUUCGAGACUCGUACUCCGAGCAUACACCAUCAACAGCAGCAGCAUUCUCCAGAACGACCAGUCUUCCCAGUUGCUCUCGAUGAGGAAGAGGACGGUUAUCACAACGAUGAGACCAAUCACUUGGGUGGGCUAGACAAUGAAGACAGCGUCGACGGCGACACCCUCAUUCCCCGUCGGUCUCGCUCAGAUCCGUCCCUGCAGGCACUCAACCAUCCUGGUCACCCUUCAAGCCAGAUGAUGGGCAACCUCAUCGACAUGAACGCUCCGGGAGCUUCAGCUGCAAACUUUGGUCUCCCAACUUACCAGGCCAACGCUUCCUCCUCAAGCUUUGACUUUGCUCAAAUGGAACAGUUCGCUGCUGUCGAGAAGGCCAAUCUCGGCAUCAGCACUCCCGUAACUCGCUUCGCUCCGCCCCCUAUCAUCCACCGGCCCAGCUCCAGCAGGACCAAUGCAGGCGGUCCACACCACUCGCUUGUCGACCUCGGCGGUGAACCGUCGUCCUCGUCCAACGGAGGUCCACGGUACUCAAACGAGGAUCAAUCACGCCAACAACAACACAACCUUAUAGACGAUACGCCUUCAGACCAAGCGUCUAUCCAACGUGCGUUGCGCCAGCGCAAGGUUAGCCAAUCCAAUACUCCCCGGCCACGUCCCGCUCGGAAAGGUUUCGGAGGGAAGAUCUCGCUAUUCGAAUCGGCUCCUACCGAACCCCUUCCAAACUUACCACCUCUUCUUUCUUCCCGUCCUGGCAACGCCUUCUCCUCAGAAGGCGGUAAUAUGGAACCUUACUCCGACUAUGGAUUUGGAUUUGGCGGUGGCGUGCACACACCACACCGUAUCCUCACCACUGCAGGUCAAGGCCACGACCGACCAUACCGAUUCUCCUUCUAUUCGAACGCACUCAAUGCCACCAUCCAUGCUAGGAGCUUCAGUGAAUUGCCGGCGGAGGGUCAGACGUUCGAAGAUCUCUUCACGGGCAUUGCACCUCCACAGGCUCCGCCUCCAACGUUCCAGCAAGCGCAGGCCCAGCAACAGCAGCAGCAGCAGACACAAACGCAAGCGCAAUCACACCAGCCUCCCCAAGGAUCAGCGUCGAGUUCCAACCUCAAUGGUCUCAUGGUCAAGGAUCGGCCAACGUCAAGCCUUGCAUUCUCCCCUCCCAACCCCCCCACCAUUCCUUCAAGCCAAUCCGACAAUGGAACCAGCACAAGACGGUUGAUCAUCCCCGAGAAAGAAGGCUUAGCAGGGAAUGGAAAUCACGGUGACACCGAUAUAAACACCUGGUGGCUGGACGUCAUGUGCCCGACUGAUGAGGAAAUGAAAAUGCUGAGCAAGGUGUUCUCAAUUCACCCGCUUACAACAGAAGAUAUCCUCAUGGAGGAAACGCGCGAGAAGAUUGAAUUGUUCAGAAACUACUACCUCGUGUGUUUCCGAAGUUUCGAUCAGGACCCUUACAGCCCGACAUACCUCGAACCACUGAACAUGUAUAUCAUCGUUUUCCGGGAGGGCACACUAUCCUUCCAUUUCCGCCCCACACCCCACCCUCAAAACGUCCGCCGCCGAAUCAAACAACUCAAAGACUACAUCUCCGUCACCUCUGACUGGAUCUCCUACGCCCUUAUCGACGACAUCACCGAUGCCUUUGGCCCACUCAUCCAAAGUAUCGAAUACGAAGUCGACUCUAUCGACGAACUGGUGCUGAUACUUAAAGAAGCCGAACAAAGCGACAUGUUGCGGAGGAUUGGGACGUGUCGGAAGAAGGUAAUGGGUUUGUUGAGGUUGAUGGGUAACAAGGCGGAUGUCGUGAAAGGAUUGGCGAAGAGGUGUAAUGAGAACUGGAGGGUAGCGCCUACGAGUGAUAUCGGAUUAUACCUUUCCGACAUCCAAGACCAUCUAAUCACUAUGACCCAGAACUUGAACCACUACGAAAAGAUUCUCUCCCGCUCGCACUCCAAUUACCUGGCUCAAAUCUCCAUCGAAAUGACGGACGCUAACAACCAGAUUAACGAUGUCCUCUCCAAACUGACUGCAUUGGGUACUGUUUUGAUUCCGAUGAACUUGGUGACGGGUUUGUGGGGUAUGAACGUGCAUGUUCCCGGGGAGGAUAUCAAGGCAAGUGCAGUUCUCUGCUCAAGCUCUCCCGGCGCUGACGAAUCCAUUGCUUCCUAA